CCCUGUGAUUGAAAACAAGCAGCUUUGCAGCAUUGUCAGAUCCGUUAGCCGCUUUGCUAGAAGAACGCUAGCUCACUGCUCAGGGGGGCGAACCGCUUGCGCACCAAAGGACGACCUAAAUUUCAAAUUGACACAUUUUAAAGAAAGCAAGACAUUUUACUCGUUAAGGUCGUGUAUAAAUCGAGAGGGGCGAAGGUAAAGGUCAAGACACCAGCCCAAACUGAGCCCAGCCCCAGUGUCAAACGUCAGACGACAGCCCUGCACACAGACGCUAUGGAUCGCUCAUCCUCAGCCUCCAGCCUGAUGUCCAGCAGCAAUGUCACCAACAAAACCGACCCGCGCUCGCUCAACUCGCGGGUCUUUAUCGGCAACCUCAACACGCUGCUGGUCACCAAAACGGACGUGGAGGCCAUCUUCUCCAAAUACGGCAAAAUCGUAGGCUGCUCUGUCCACAAGGGCUAUGCGUUCGUUCAGUACGCCAACGAGAGAAACGCCCGGGCGGCGGUCGCUGGGGAGGACGGGAGGAUGAUCGUCGGCCAAGUUCUCGAUGUGGCAAUGUGUGCCUCAGACAUCAACCUGGCUGGAGAGCCCAAACCGCACCGAUCAAAAACCACCAAGCGUUCUGCUGGUGACAUGUACAGUAGCAGCUCCUCGUUUGACCUCGAUUAUGAUUUUCAGAGAGAUUAUUAUGACAGAAUGUAUUCCUACCCGUCCCGUGUCCCUGCGCCGCCGCCUCCUCUGUCCCGAGCCGUGAUCCCGUCCAAACGCCCGCGGGUCAGCCUGAGCGGAGGAAGCAGCCGGCGAACCAAGAGCAGCUUCUCCUCUUCCUCCAAAAGCAGUCAGAGGACUUCAUCCUCCAGAACGAUGCGAGCAGAUGAGCUGCAGACCAUCAAACGCGAGUUAACUCAAAUUAAAAGCAAAGUAGAUGACCUGCUGGAGAGCCUGGAACGCAUGGAGAAGGACCACUGCAAGAAGUCCGAAGCUAAGAGCAUAAAACCCGAGCCAGGAGAGGUGACCUCCCCUCCACACUCCAGCAGCAAGAAGGGCGACGGGCUGAAGAGAGAGCGCGAGAGCCAGGACAUGAACGACUCGGACGAAGAAGAGGAGGAGGAAGACGAGGGAGACCUGCUUGAGGAAGAAGAGGUAAAAAGCCAAGAAAGGGAGGAAGAGGAGGAAGACGAAGAGGAGGAGGAGGAGGAAGAAGAAGGAGAGCACGUGGAAGGAGACGACGACGAUGCUGACAGUUUGAAUGGCGAUGAGGAUUCGUAGACUGCUCCCUCGCAUCUUCCCGUCGGAGCACAGACUCCUUUUUAACACUCUACAAACGCAAUGAAGAUAGAAACUAAGACGUCAAACACAAGCAUGGUGCACUGCUGUCACAUUGUCCCUCUAUAUUCCUUAUUUUCUGUUUGGUUCUCAAGUGUUACUGUAACAGAACUAGCUAGCUAUACAUUUGCGUUUUUAUAGGAACAUGGACUGGUAAUGUUCUCAGAGAAGACAACUCGAUGGACAUGUCUUAAUGCGAGGACGGCAGUUCAACCAACAAGACCGUUUUUAGCUUCUAUGUAGUUGGGUUUACCUUAGUUGUGAAUUGAUUUGACCUUUUGUGUCUGUAUGUUAUCGUCUGUUAUUUUUUAAAAUUUUUCUGUUUAACUGUUAAGAAAUAAAUUGCAAUAAAAUAUAAAAUAUGCA